AUGGAGGCGAUGCCCUGUCACAACCCGCAGCUCGGCCCGCGCCAGCAGCAGCAGCCGCAGGACGAGCCGCAGCCCGGGCCCGGGCCCGGCGGCGGGUGCGGCGGCUCGCGGCUCAUCCGCUUCGCGGAGCCCGGCGAGAGCAGCGGCAGCGGCAGCCCCAGCCCCGACAGCAGCAGCGGCAGCGGCAGCAACGGGCUGCUCCCGCCGCCCGAGGCGGCCGCGCCGCACCUGGGCGCCCAGCUCAAGCUGCUGCCCAUGAACGACCAGAUCCGCGAGCUGCAGACCAUCAUCAGGGACAAGACAGCCAGUAGAGGAGACUUCGUAUUUUCUGCAGAUCGUCUGAUCAGACUGGUGGUUGAAGAGGGCCUGAACCAGCUGCCGUACACGGAGUGCACGGUGACCACCCCGACGGGAUACAAGUAUGAAGGAGUGAAAUUUGAAAAGGGAAACUGCGGCGUCAGCAUUAUGAGAAGUGGAGAGGCAAUGGAGCAAGGUUUGCGAGACUGCUGCAGAUCCAUCCGCAUAGGAAAAAUCCUGAUACAGAGCGACGAAGAGACUCAGAGAGCCAAGGUUUACUAUGCUAAGUUCCCUCCAGACAUCUACAGGAGAAAAGUUCUUCUUAUGUACCCAAUACUAAGCACGGGCAACACUGUAAUUGAGGCAGUGAAGGUGCUCAUAGAGCACGGCGUGCAGCCCAGUGUCAUCAUCCUGCUGAGCCUCUUCUCCACACCCCACGGUGCCAAGUCUAUCAUCCAGGAAUUCCCAGAAAUCACAAUAUUAACCACAGAAGUUCACCCUGUUGCACCAACACACUUCGGACAGAAGUAUUUUGGAACGGACUGACACAUUUGCAACAAACUGAUAUGGCUGUAUGAUAUUACAAGAGUUUUUUUCUACGUUUUAUUACUGAUAGCAGAGUUAGUUAAGGGCAUAUUUAAAAAUUUCUUGGGCGGGGGUGGGAGGGGGAAAUAUUUGACCUGUUACUUCUAGUUGGUUACUGCUUGAACGUGGAAUCAAAUGCAGUAACACAACACCCUGAAUCAUUACAAACCAAAAUCAUCUUAAUGUUGUACUUGUAUAAAUUGCUACACUCUGCUUUAA